AUGACAAGCCAACAACAUGAUAUUGUUAAAUCAAUAUUUAAAUCAUUAGAAAUUGGAAAGAUGGUAACAAUUGUAGAGGAUAUAAUUAGUAAAUAUCCCGAUUUUAAUGAUGAAUUAGAGAAUGCAAAAUAUGUAUUGGCAGAGUCAAAAGAUGAACAAGACCGAACAUUUGAACAAAGAAUUGCCGCCAUUAAGAAGAAAGCAUUCGAUGAUUUCAAUGAGUUAUCAGAGAGUGAUGAAGCUAGUCAAUUGGAUUUCCAACUAUAUAAUAAAUUCAUUAGAUUACGUGUAAUGAUUGAAUUUUCAAAUGAAUAUCAAAAGAAAUGUUUAGGUGAUUUCUUUGGUAUGGAUGCAAAAUCAAAAGAUCAAUUAUUGAAAUCAAUGAAUGAAAUCAAAGUUUUCCAGAAUUCUGCACCAUUAAAUUUCCCUGAUAUGAUCAAUAACGAUUAUUCCGAUAAUAAAAAAUGUAGUGUUGGUAAAGAUUUCACUUUUAAAAAAGGUGGGAUCACAAUUAGUGUUCCAACUUUAAAAAUUUCUGAUGAUCAAGAUUUAUCAGUUGUAAUCUCUCAAUUAUUUAAUGAAAUUGUUCAAUCAAUUAAAUCAACAACUUCAAAUAAUAAUAAUAAUGAUAGUAGUAGUGUUAAUAAUCAGUUACAAUCACCUUCAUUACCUAUAGUAUCCCCAACAUUACAACCACAAUCAAAACAACCACUACAACAGCAACAACCAACACAACAGCAACAACCACCACAACAGCAACAACCAACACAACAACAACCAACACCACAACAACCAACACCACAACAACCAACACCACAACAACAACCACAACCACAACAACAACAACAACAACAACAACAACAACAACAACAACAACAACAACAACAACAACAACAACAACAACAACAACAACAACCACAGCAACAACAACAACCUCCACAACAACCUCCACAACCACAACCACAACCACAACAACAACCACAACAACAACCACAACAACAACAACCACAACAACCACAACAACCACAACAACAACCACAACAACAACCACAACAACAACCACAACAACAACCACAACAACAACAACAACCACAACCACAACAACAACAACAACCACAACAACCUCCACAACAACAAAUUCAACCUCGACAACCACAACAACCACAAAUUCAACCUCAACAACCUCAACAACCUCAACAACCACAACAACCACAAGAAAUUCUAUAUACCCAACAAAUACCAAGUUUUUUGGAUUCAAUACCGAUGGUGCAACAACAACAACAAAAUCAAACAAUUGAUUUUGGUAUUGAAAUUCUUAAAAAUAUAUUUAAAUCAGCAAAUCAAAUAAAGUUAUAUACAUCAUUGGAGGAGACUAUUGAUGCAUUUCCACAAAUUAAACAGUUGAGAAUAUUAAAGGAAGUUGUUUUUAGAGAGAGAGAUACAAUUCAAGAGAAAACAAAGACCAUUAAAAAAGUUGCAACCAUUGAUUUCAUAAGAGAGUUACAAUGCUCAGAGGGAAGUUUAAAAGGUAGUCAAUUAUUUUCCAAAUUUUUAGCAUUAUCAACAAUGGUUGAAAUUUGUUACCUUUAUCAACGUCAAUGUUUAAAGAUGGUAAUUUCCUCUAAACCAAUAGCAAAUCAAUCAAAACUCGUUCAAAGUUUAAUUGAUUUUCAAAAGAUUCAACCAUUAUUUAGAUUGGGUUCAAUGUUAAACAAUAGUUAUACUGGCAUUGAAAAACUAUCAAGAGAUUUCAUAUUUCAAGAUUCUACUGAAUCAAUUACAAUUGAAGUAUUAAAAUUCUCUCAAAAAGAAGAUGUCUCUAUCAUCAUUCCAUCAUUAUUUACUGAAGUUCAACAUUUAGCUAUUAAAACUAAAUAUCAAAAUCCAAAAGAUUGUCUAAAAAUAAUUUCAAAUACACAAAAAAAACAACAAAUUCAACAAUUUAAUUUACCACCAUUAAGUACAACGACAACAACAACAACAACAACAACAACAACAACUUCAACAGAUUUACCAAAUGAUAUAUUAAAAACAAUUUUUAAAACACCAAAUGAUAUUAAUCAUUUAAUUAGUAAUAUUGAAAGUAUGUCAAAGAGUUAUCCAACAAUUUCACAAAGAUUAAUGUUAAUUAAAGAUAUUAUAAUUAAUAGUAAAGAAGGUUCAAAAGAAUUUCAACAAAAAAUUGAAACUAUAAAAAGAAAUGGUAUGAGAGAUGUCACUGCAGAGUUUGGUACUUUUAAUCCAAUGGUUUAUGGUUGUUUUGUAACUUUAAGAUUACUUCAAGAGUUUAGUAGUCUAUUCCAAAGAAAACUAUUACGUGAAAAGUUAUCAUCAACUCAUUCAACAUUAAGAUCACUUUUGUUUUCAGAAUUAUCAAAUCAUCAUAAUACAUUCCCAUAUCUUUUAAAAGAUUUCAUUAAUAAAGAUAUUUCAACUCGUCCCAUUGUAAAUUUCACUUUUCAAUUCGAAGGUCAAACUCUAUCAAUACCAUAUUUUAAAAUUGGUACUGAAGAUAUAUCUUUAGUAAUUAAAUCUUUAUGUUUUGAAAUUAAUCAAUUAUCAAAUUUAAUUUUAAAAAAUUCAAAUACAAAUGAUAAUAAUAAUAAUAAUAAUAAUAAUAAUAAUAAUAAUAAUUUCGAUUUAACAACAACAAUAACAACACCAAUAUCACCAUCCCCAUCAUCAUCAUCAACAAUAUCACCACCAGGAUUAUCAGUAUCUUCACCAUUAAAAUUAGAAUUUACAAAUGGUUUAAUAUCAAGUAGUGAAAGUAAUGAUAUGAUAAUUUUAAUUUUAAAAAGACUUUUCAAUUCUUCAAAUUUUAAUUCUAAAGAAGAUAGAUUCUAUAGUUGUGUUAUGGAUUGUAAAAAGGAUUAUCCAAAAUAUAGUGGUAGUUUAUUGGAUAUUAGAGAAACCAUUGUUAAAGGUAAAAACCAUGAAUUUAAAGAAUUCCUUACAAAAGUUGUCGAUAUUAAAUCAGAUAUUGCAAAAGGUUUAAAAAAGAAUUCUUCAUUGAAAGAUGUAUUGAGUGAAAAGUUAUCACCAAUAACCUAUAGUGAAAUCUUUGAAGCAUUGUUUUUAUUUAGAGCUUUGUCGGAAUUCAACUUUUUCCAUCAAAAAGUUCAAUUAAAGGAUCGUUUAGAAGUAAUUAAACCUUCACCAGAUGUUGCGUUGGAAAUUACAAAUAGAUUAGCAUCAAUUCAUAAAACCGUUAGUAAACAAAUGUAUAAAUUACAUUGGAUAGUUUCAGGUUCACUCAAAGAUCAACCAAAAGAAUUCACUUAUAAUUUAGUUGAUGAAGCAUUAACUACGAUUUCAAUUCGUGUUUUCAAAUUUGGUGGUGAAGAUAUUAUAUCAUUCAUUGGGACUGUAUUCUUUGAAACUCAUUAUUUAAUUUCAAAAGCUUUAUCAAAAACUCCAACUCCAAAAAUUUUACCACCAAAAGUGUUAAAAGAUAAAUCUUUCAAAAAUAGUGGUAUAAACUUUGAUGGUAUAGUUAAUGAUGAAAAUGAUAAUGAUGAUGAUGAUGAAGAUGAAGAUGAAGAUGAAGAAAAUGAAGAAGAUGAAGAAGAUGAAAGUUAUGAAAAUGAUAUCGAUAAUAAAAAUAAUAAUAAAAAUAAUAAUAAUGAUUUUAUAGUUUCAAAUAAAAUUCAAAAUCAAAGUCAAAUUGGUGAUGAGUAUGGAAUCAAUCAUAUUAAUGUAAAUUUAAAUGUACAAAAUGAAAUUGAUAAUGAAAAUUAUCAUUGUAAAAAUGUAAAUAGUAGUCAAAAUGAAAGAGAUAGUGAAAAAUCAGAAUUAUCAAAUUUCAAAACAACAUCAGAAACAAUCAUAGAAAAUUUCGUUGAUAAUGAAGAAAGUUUUUAUAAUGAUUAUAGUGGUAAAAAUGAAAAUCAAAAUAAUAAUUAUUAUAAUUAUAAUAAUAAUAAUCAAAAUGAUGAUUUUAUAUAUGAAAAUAAAAAUGAACAUUAUAAUCAUAGUGAAAAUGGUGGUGAUAAUUAUUCAGAUAAUGAAAGUGUAUCGAUUAGAGAAGAAAGAAUUAAUAAUGAAUUAGCAAUUAUUAAUUCAAAAAUUAAUAAUUUAACAUUACAACAACAAAAAAUUCAAUCAAAUGGAUUAAUUCAACAACAGCAACAACAACAACAACAAGAACAACAACAACAAGAAGAAGAACAAGGUUCAUUAUUAAAAUUCAUGUUAAGAUCUGAUGAUUUAGCAUCAAUUGUUAGAGACAUUGAAUAUUUAAAGUUAGCACAUCCGCAAUAUUCUAAAUUAUUAGGUGAAUGUAAAAAGAUUUUCAGUGGUGAGGCAGAUGGUAGAAAUCGUUCAUUAGAAGAGAAAGUUGAAACUAUUAAACGUAAUGCAUUAAAAGAUAUUAAAAAAGAAAUUGGUGGAUUGGAUAGUAAUCUCUAUAGGGCUUAUGUUCAAAUGAGGUUGAUGGUAGAGUUUUCAAAUCAAUAUCAACGUAAAUUAUUAAAAGAGACAAUUGGUGCAUUGAAAUAUCAGUAUCAUGGAAAUAUUGAUUUUUCAAAAAUAUCAGUAGAGCUUUUCACUGAUCUUAGUACUUUUCAUAAUUAUGUUCCAAUUUAUAUUUAUGAUAUGGCAAAGUUGUCAAGAGAAAACAUUCAUAAAUCACUUUCGAUCGUUAGAGAAUAUAUAUUCAAUGUCAAUGGUAGUCCUGUUUAUAUUCCAUACUUGAAAUUUAAUGAUCAAGAAGAUAUCUCUAAAACUACUCAAUAUUUAUUCCUUGAGGUUAAAUCAAUUUUAAAUAAAAUCAAACCAACCAUUGAUGAUACUCGUUUUGGUUCAUUUAAAUCAAAAUUACCAAAUUUAAUUUCAAUCAAUAUUCCAAAUUCUAAUGGUAUACCAUUUCAACAUCCAUUUUCAUCAUCAUCAUCAUCAUCGUCAUUAUCAACAACACCAUCAUCACCUUUAAAACCAAUAAAUAGAUUAAUUAGUUUACCAUCAACACCAAUUGAACCAAUUACACAAGAAGGUAUUGUAAAUUCAGUUAAUAAAAUUGGUAUUUUAAAAACGAUUUUUAAAGAUUAUAAAGUUUCAAGAAUUAUUCAAACUUUAGAAGAAAUGGUUAGAGUUUAUCCACAACAUAGUGAUACAUUAUUAGUGAUCAAAGAGAUAAUGAUGGGUAAAGAAGAUGGUAAAAAAGAUUUCUCUUAUAAAACUGAUAUCUACAAAGAAAAUGCCAUUAGAGAAUUUAAAAAAAUUAUGGGUUUUGAAAAUGAACAACAAAUCAUUGAUAGUGAUAUCAUUAGAAAGUAUAUUGCAUUCAGAGUAUUCAUUGAAUGUUGUCGUAUCUAUCAAAGAAAAUGUCUAAAAGAAGCCGCUCAAAUCACUCUUAUCAAUUCUGCAAAGAAACAAACUUUCUUUGCAGAGUUAUGUUCACUUCAUAAUAAUGCAAACGUUUCUUUCAAAGAUAUCAUCUUUAAAGAAUAUAAUAAAAAUAUUUCAUCUGAAUUUGAAAUUAUUGAUGGUACAAUGUCAAUUUCAAUUCCAAAUCUUAAAUUAUCACAAACUGAAGAUGUUUCAAUUGUAGCUGAAGAAAUUUAUUAUGAAAUUCAACAAUUAGGUUCAAAUUUACGUUUAAAAAAUUUUAUAACUAUAACAUCUGAAUCUAAUAAUAAACAAAAUUAUUCUGAAUUUGAUGAUAAUGAUUCAAUUUCAAGUUCAAAUAAUAUUAUUAAUAAUAAUAAUAAUAAUAAUAAUAAUAAUAAUAAUAAUAAUAAUAAUAAUAAUAAUAAUAAUAAUAAUAAUAAUAAUAAUAAUAAUAAUAAUAAUAAUAAUAAUAAUAAUAAUAAUAAUAAUAAUAAUAAUCAAAAUGAAAUUAUUGUUAACCCUAUACAAUCAAAUAGAAAAGAACCAAAGAUUACAAUAACAGCAACAACAACAGCAACAACAACAACAACAACAACACCAUCACAAAUUUCAAAUCAAAGUUUAUUAUCAUCAAUAUCACUUAAAACAAAACUUAGUUUAGAUCAUGAAAAUUCAUUUUAUAUUUUAAAGAAUAUAUUUGUACAUGUUGAUGAUAGAAAAAGAAUGAUUGAUUCAAUUGAUUCUUGUAUUGGUUUAUAUCCAAAUUAUUUACCAAGUUUAAAGUAUCUUAAAGAUUUCAUUAAUAAUUAUCCAAUGGAAUUUAGAGAAUAUUCAAUGAAAUUAGUUGUUCAAAGAGAAAGAACAAGAAUGGAUUUAAGAAAAGUACUUGGUGAUUUUUCAAAUUCACUAAAUCCACAAAUUUAUAAAGAAAUCAUUGCACAUGCUCAUUUGCAUAGAACUUUAAUUGAAUUUAAUAACUUUUUCCAAAGAAUGCAUCUUAAAGAAUUUAUGGAUUCAAUCUCUUCCUAUGGACAAAAUGAUCAAGUCGAUGAAAGUGAUGUCAGUAGAAGAUUAAAUAAUGUUCAUUCAAAACAAAUCUUGGAUAUUAGUAGAUAUUUGGAAAUGUCUGCAACGGUUGAUACCAAUGUCAAUCUAAUUAAAGAUUUCAUUUUCUCUGGUCUCAAUGAUAAAAAGAUUGUAAUCAGAAACUUUAAAAUUUAUGAUGAAUCUUUAUCAAUUUUCAUUAAUCAUAUUUUUAAUGAAAUUCGUGAACUUUAUAGUCAAUUAUCACCAAGAUUAGUAUUUGAUGAAUGUAUGAAUAAUAAUAAUGAAGAUAUUGAAGAUUAUGAUGAUAAUAAUAAUAAUAAUAAUAAUUAUAAUGGUAGUGAAGGUGAUAAUAAUCAAAAUAAUGAUCAAUAUUUUGAAAAUAAAAUGUCAUUAAGAAAUAAUAUUUUACCAGGUGAAUUAAAAAAACAACAUAUUAAUCAAAUUAAUUCACUUCAUUCAAGUAAUUCAUGUGGAAUUUUAAAAGAAGCAUUUAGAGAUACAACUGAUAUUAGUACAAUUGUUGCAGCUAUAAAUCUUUUAAUUACAAGAUUCCCAGAACAUGAAAAUCGUUUACAAUUGGUUUCCUCAAUUUUAAUAGGAGGUACUCAAGAUUCUUUCUCUCAAAAGGUUCAAACAAAUAGAGCAAAAACUCAUAGAGAUUUACAAAGGAUUAUCGUUGAAGAUGUUAAUCCAAUUGGAUUCUUGGAGAUUACAAACCUUUGUAAUUCCGCUAGAAUUCUAUUGGAUUUUAGUAAUUUCACUCAAAGAAGCGCUUUAAAAUCUUAUAGUACCAAAGAUAAAAGUUCGACAUUAAAACGUAAAUGGCAACAACUUUUCGAUCGUUUAAAUAAUAUUCAUCAACCUUAUAUUGGUACCUCUUAUAUGAUCAAUGGUGAUGUUACUCGUUUCCUUCCAAAGAGUAUUUCUUUAACUGAUUUUGGUGAGCGUAUUAAUAUACCAAUUUUUAAAUUCCUUACUGUUGAUAUUAAAACUGUUAUAGCUUCUUAUUUUGAAGAUAUUGCUUAUGCAGUUAAUUGUUAUAGUCAAGGUGGUACAAAUUCACCAUCAAUUUCAUCAACAUUGUCAUCAUCAUUAUCAAAUAAUAAUAAUAAAAAUAAUAAUAAUAGUAUUUUUUCAUCAUUUCCACCAAUGCAAAUUUCGUCAUCAUCACCAACAACAACAUCAUCAAUUCAAAUUUUACCAACUAAUGGUGUUAAAGUUGCACCACAUGUUAAUUUUAUUUUAAAAACUAUAUUUUUAAAAUCAAAUUCAGUUGAUGAAAUUAUAUUAACAAUUGAUGAAAUGUUAAAGAGUUAUCCACAACAUUAUAGAAAUUUACAUUUAGUAAGACAAACCAUUGAAUCAAGUCGUGAUAGAUUAGAAAAGAAGAUUAAAUUAGCAAACAAAUAUUUAGUUUCAAUUAAAUCAAUGAUUAAAACCAAUGAUGAUUUAUGUGAGGAUAUUUACCAAAAAAUAUUAUCUUUUAAGAUUUUAAUUGAAACUAGUCAUUGUUAUCAAAGAUUACUUCUUAAAGAAAUUUUAGAGAGUGAAAAUGAUACCGAUCAAUAUUAUUCAAUCUUGGAACAACUAAUUCAACAUCAAAGAUCUAGAAAAUUAUUAUUCCAAGAUUUCUCUAACCAUAAAUUCACUGAAUAUACUAAAGAGUUUAACUAUCGUAGAAGUGGUAAAACAAAUAUUUCAAUUCCAACUUUAACUUUACCAAAAACUCAUGAAGAUGUUUCACUCAUUUCUCGUUCAAGUUUUAAUGAAAUUUAUUUAUUGAUUAAAAAAUAUCAAAAUGAUUAUUCAAGUUAUUCAAUUUUAAGUAGAAAUAGUUUAAAUAGAGAAAACAUUAUUAAUAAAAAAGAAAAUAAUAGAGAAAUUAUUAAUAAUAGUAAUAAUAGUAAUAAUAAUAAGAAUAAUAAUAAUAACAACAACAAUAAUAAUAAUAAUAAAAAUAACAAAAAGAGCAUUAACAACAAUGAUGAUAUCGAUAAAGCUAAAUUCAAAGUACCAACUGUAACCUCUUUCACCUAUGUUCCAGGUGGUGGCUAUAAUAGUAAUAGUUUUUAUCACCUUGAUAAUGAUGAUGAUGAUGAUAAUAACGAUGAAAACGAUAAUAAUGAUGACAAUAAUAAUUAUAAUAAUAAUAAUAAUAAUAAUAAUAAUAAUAAUAAUAAUAAUAAUAAUAAUAAUAAUAAUAAUAAUAAUAAUAAUGAUAAUUACAAUGAUAAUUACAAAGAUGAUGGUUAUAAUGAUGGUAGUUAUAAUAAUGAAAAUUAUAAUGAUAAUUACACCGAUAAUGAUAACAAUAAUAAUGAUGAUAGUUAUAAUAAUAAUGAUGGUGGUGAUUAUAAUAAUGAAAAUUAUAAUGAUAAUUACACCGAUAAUGAUAACAACAAUAAUAAUGAUGGUAGUUAUAAUUAUAAUUAUGGUGGUGAUUAUAAUAAUAAUGAUGAUUAUAAUAACGAUGAUGUCUACAAUAAAGAUGGUUAUAAUGGUGAUUAUAAUGACAGUGAUUAUAUUGAUAAUAAUAAUAGUAAUAAUAAUAAUAAUAAUAAUAAUAAUAAUAAUAAUAAUAAUAAUAAUAAUAAUAAUAAUAAUAAUAAUAAUAAUAAUAAUAAUGAAAAUUAUAAUGGUGAUGGUUACAAUGGUGAUUAUAAUAAUAAUAACAACAAUGAAAAUUAUAAUGGUGAUUGUUAUAACUACGAAAAUGAUGGGUACAAUUAUAAUGAUAAUGGUGAAAGCUAUAAUUAUAACAACGAAUAUAAUGGAUAUUAUAAUAAAAGUUAUAAUAAUAAUAAUGAUAAUGGUGAAGAAUAUCAUGAUGACAAUAAUAAUAAUAAUGAAGAAGAUAAUGAAAACAUUGAAGAUCUCGAAUGGAAUAAUGAAAAUUUCGAUAAGAAAUAUUUUAAUGUACCUUCAGUAUCUUCCUUUACUUAUGUCCCAGGUGGUGGAGGUGGUGGUUCAAGUAACCAUAAUGAUAAUAGCAAAAAUAAUAAUAAUAGUAGUAAAAAAAAUAACAAAAAUGGUGAUAAUGAAAGUAUAACCACAAAAUCAACAACCACCUCAACCUCAACUUCAACCAAAAGUUCACUUUCACCAACAUCCUUCACUUAUGUACCAGCCAAUCAAAAAAACGACAAACUCAAUAUAACAAGUCCAAUAACAAGUUCAACAACCACUAACACCACUUCCAAAUUAAAUUCUCCUGCUCCUUUUACAUAUGUCCCAGGUAGUUAUGGUUCCUUAAAUAAUAAUAAUAAUAAUAAUAAUAAUAAUAAUAAUAAUAAUAAUAAUAAUAAUAAUAAUAAUAAUUCAUCAAAUAAUACACUUAAUACCUCUAAUUCAAGUACAAUUGCACCAUUUAUUUAUGUACCAGGUAGUUAUGGUAACCUUAACAACAACAAUAGUUUAACAACAAAAGAAACAACAACAACAAAAACAACAACACCAAUACCAACAGCAACAGUAACACCAAUAAAUUCAAAAAUUAAAUUUGAUUCACCAUUAAUUAGAGAUCAAAUUGAUGUAAUUUCAAUGGAUUCAAAACAUAUUAUUGAAGAGAUUUUAAAAUCAGCACCAGAAAGAAUUACAGUAUUACAAUCAAAUAAUAUAGUAAAACUUUUGGAUUGUUAUGAAAAUCAUAUGGAAUAUAAGAAUUCAUUUAAACCAAUUUUAGUUGAAGAAUUUAGAAAAACACUUGAAACCAAUUUCAAUGAUAUUGAUGGUGUUAAAUUAGCAGAUGAUGGAACCAUUUCAAAUUUAGAUAGAAUUAAUAUGAAUCAAUCAAUGACCAUUCAUUCAUUGGAGGAGAUAUCAGAGGAAUGUUUAAAUGUUACUUUUUAUCUUAGACACAAAACUAAAGAUGAGGAAAUUAAAAUCAAUGAUUUAGUACUCUUUAAAAGUUUCAAUGAAGAAGGUAGAGCCAUCUUUGCAUUAGCACGUACAGUAAAUCAUGGUUAUAUGAAGGGUAGUUCUCAAAGAGUGGUUUGUCAAUUCAUUAUCUCUCAACAUACUAGAGCACUCAUUGAAAAAUUGUAUAGUCUCUCUUUGGUGAAAAAUAAUAACAACAACUGUCAUGGUGUAAUCAAUACCAAUACACCAUUAUCAUUCUUAAGGGUAUCAAGUUGUGUAACUUUUCAUAGAGAAUUGGAUGCAUUGGAAACUGUAGCUAAAAGUCCAUUGUUUCCUUUGAUUUUAAAACCAACCAUUGAAGCUUACAAUCAAUCGGGUAAAGAUCGUUGGGAAAUUCCUACACUCUUAAAAGAUCAUUAUAAUCAAACUUUAAAUGAAUCACAAUUGGCAGCAAUCAAUGAAUCAUUGGUACAUUCAUCUAUAACUUUAAUUCAAGGUCCACCUGGCACUGGUAAAACUCAUACUAUCACAUCAUUGAUUUCAAUUAUUUUAGCGAUUAAUCCAGACUUCAAAAUAUUGGUAUGUGGUCCAUCUCAUGCAGCAGUUGAUGAAGUUGCUAAAAGAGUAAUCAUCAAAGGUUUAUUAAAUGAUCGUGGUGAAAAGUAUAUACCAACUAUGGUACGUAUUGGUUUGAAAGAUAAUAUUCAAGAUCCAAUAGUUCAUGAUAUUUGUGUUUUCAAUAGAAGAUUGGAUGAAAAGAAAAUGAUUUUAGAACACUCAAGUAUUUGUUUCUCAACAUUAUCAGCAAGUGGUAGUAAUUUAGUACAAAGUUCAUUCAAACCAAAUGUGGUAAUAGUGGAUGAAGCAACACAAUCCUGUGAAACCUCUUGUAUCAUUCCAUUGUCGUUGGGUGCAAAAUCAAUGAAAAAGUUAAUAUUGGUUGGUGAUCCAGUUCAAUUACCACCAACAAUUUUCUCAAAGGAAAGUAUUCAUUGUGGUUUAGGUAUUUCAUUGUUUGAACGUCUUUCCAAGGUAUUACCAGUUUCAAUGUUGAAUGUUCAAUAUCGUAUGCAUCCUUUGAUUUCAAAAUUCCCAUCAUCACAAUUCUAUCAUGAUAUAUUAAAGGAUGGUGAUAACGUUGUUUCAAGUGAUGCCUAUAGUUUACGUUUCCAUGAAAAUCAAGACUAUGGUGCCAUUAGAUUCUUUGAUGUUACAGAUUCAAGAGAGGAACGUGGUAAAACUUCAAUUAAAAAUCAAUUAGAGAUUACAAUGGUAUUCACUUUAAUAAAGAAGCUAACUCAAGAUCAUCCAGAAACUAAACAAUAUUCAUUUGGUAUUGUAACUCCUUAUAAAUUACAAAGAAAAGAGAUUGAAGAUGCCUAUAAACAAUUGAAUCUUUCAUUGAAUAUUGAAAUUAAAACCAUCGAUUCUUUCCAAGGUAGUGAAAAAGAUAUUAUGAUCAUGUCUUGUGUUAGAAAUGAAAGUAUUGGUUUCUUAUCUGAUCGUAGACGUAUCAAUGUUAGUAUCACUCGUGCUAAAUAUGGUUUAUUCAUCAUUGGAAAUGCUACUCUAUUGAAAUUGGAUAGAACUUGGGGUGAAUUAAUUGAUCAUUUAAUUUCAAUUGAUCGUGUUUAUUCAAUCAAUUCAAAUGAUAUUGAAAAUUUAAGAGAACAAACAAUUCAAUUCGAUUUAAUUAAUCCACAAGGUCUUAUAACUGAUUUUGGAAAUGACGAUUCUGAUAGUGAACAUGGUAGUGAGGAAUUAAAUGAAAUUAAAUUUUUAAAUAAAGAAGAUGAUGAAGAUUUAUUAUUAAUAAAUGGUAAUAUUGUUGAAACUACCGAUUUAUUUACAACUUUAACAACUACACCAAUUCCAUCAACAAUAUCAAUAAUACCAACAACAACAUCAACAUCAACAUCAUCAUCAUCAAUAUCAACAACAAUACCACCACCAACAACAACAACAACAUCAACAUUAUCAUCAUCAACAACAACAACAUCAACAACAUCAACAUUAUCAACAACAACAGCAACAACUACAACAACAGCAAUAGCAACAGAUUCAUCUGAAUUAAUUUCAAUUAUAAAUUUAGAUACAUCAAUAAUUGAUAUUAAUCUAAUUUCUGAAAAUAUUCAAAAAGUUUUAAAUAAUCAAGAAAUUUUAACAAAUCAAGAUUAUCCAAAGAUUUUAUUAGAAAUUAUUCAAGAACUUCAAUCAUUUAAUAAAAGUUUUAUUUCUUCAACAGUAUUGGCAAAUAAGAAAUUAUUAAGAGAUUGUUUUAAUAAUUAUUUAAUUAAAUUCCCACUUUAUCAAAAAUAUUUACAACAAAAACAACAACAACAACAACAACAACAACAACAACAAUCACAGCCAACUUAUUCAGUUGGUUUAUCACUUCCAAACACUUUAAAGAAACUUUACUCAAUUGCAAAAUCAAAAGAAUGUAAGAAAAAAACAAUUAAAGAAGAAUCAUUUAAACGUUUAACUCAAUAUUUAUUGGAUGGUUUUUCAAGUGGUAAACUUAAUAUUUUUGGUUCAUUCCUUAGUGGUUUAUCAUUGGGUGAAUCUGAUAUUGAUGUAAAUUUUACUACCACUCAAAAAGAGGAUAUUAGUACCAUUAAACAAGUUUCUUCAUUUUUACAUAAAAAAAAUUAUGAAUUAAUUGAAACGCGUUUAGAAGCUCGUGUACCAAUCAUUAGAUUCAUUGAUACCGAUGUAAACGUUCGUUUCGAUAUGUGUUUCAAUAGUUUUAUGGGUCAACAUAAUUCUUUGUUAAUCAAAGAUUACACUAUGGUAGAUUCUAGAGUUAAACCACUCAUCAUUUUAAUUAAAUGGUGGGCUUCAACAAAAUGUUUAAAUGAUGCCUCUCAAGAAUCAUUUAGUUCCUAUUGUUUAAUCAAUUUGAUCAUUCAUUUCCUUCAAUCGUUGUCACCACCAGUCCUACCAAAUCUUCAAGAACCUUCACCAUUUCAUUUCGAUGAAACAAAGAUAAAAUUAAAAGCAAAUUGUAGAGUUGAAAAUAAUGUUGUAAAAUAUUAUGAUUGGACAAGUUUAGAUUUUACUUCCGCUGAUAAUCGUUUAAACAUUGGUCAAUUACUUUUUAAAUUCUUCCAAUAUUAUUGUACCUUUAAUUAUAAUGAAGAUGUUAUUAGUAUCUCUCGUGGUAUCUAUCCAAGAGAUGAUUAUUGUAAAGGUGUAUUAUAUGUCGCUGAUCCAUUCAUUGAAGGAAAGAAUAUCGCUGCCUCUCUAACUCCAGAGUCUUUCUCUUCUGCUUUAGUCGAAUUUGCUCUUAUGGAACAUCAACUUAAAAAUAUAACUGAAGAAAGAGAUAUUCAUGAUUUUUUCAAUAAAAAUACUUCUUUAUCUUUUAAUGGUUUUUUUAAUUAA